CUUCAUUUGUCUCGCUCUCUCUCUCCCAGGCUCUUCUGAAAAUAGAUUGUCAGGGUUUAGUGGCCCGGCUCAUCAUGGACUUUGUGUUGCUGACGACGGCAGUGGAAGUGGCUCCUCGCUGGAGGGAACUUGCUGAAAAACUCGCCCAUGUAUCCAAACAACAAAUGGAGGCCUAUGAGGCUCCGCACAGAGACAAAACCGGGAUGGUGGAUAGUGAAGCCAUGUGGAAACCAGCCUACGACUUCCUGUUGACAUGGGCCGCUCAGAUUGGCGACAGUUACCGCGAUGUCAUCCACGAACUGCACAUGGGGCUGGACCGGAUGAAGAAUCCCAUCACCAAACGCUGGAAACACCUCACCGGCACCCUUAUCCUAGUCAAUUGCCUCGAAUUGCUUCGAAGCUCCGCCUUUAGCCCCGCCCCUCAGGAUGACUUUGCCAUUUAGCUCCACCUCCUCACAAUCCUCGCAAAGCAACACCUCAGAGUUUCGACAUCACCUCGGAAGACUGCUAAACUUUUAACGGAUAUACACUUUUCUAUUUCACCGUCAGCUGUGAGUUUACCUCAAUCCAAUAACCGCGAGGACGUCCUGUACCCGCCCACGUCCAUAUAAGGGCAUGCGGAAAGCCAAUGAAGCCAAAACACUGAGUGUUUUAAGUGUAGCAAUUGUUUUUAGAGUUCUGAAGCUGUUUUUAUCAGUUUUGUUCUUUGCGAUAUCUAUAUUUUUUAUAUUGGAUGGCACAAAGGAAAUUUAUACAAUCACGUUUUUCAAGAACGAUUUUUUCUGAAAAAAAAAAGCAGAUUUCAUCUUGGUUCGUUACUAAAAACGAAGGUCUAUUUUGUGACGUCACGUUUACCCACGUUUGUCUUGGUCUAGCCGUUCUGUAAUUUGUUGCCAAAUGCUCGAGCUUUCCACAUUUGUGAUUUUUUUUUUUUUAUUCCACAAUCUUUAUUUGUUGUGUCAGAUUUGAUCGGUUGCUCUGUACGAGGAAGAAGACGGAUUAGUAUUACUACUAGACACAUGAAACACCACAAACUGGUUACGUGAGAGGAAGAAGCGUAUGGUGUGUUAAUGAGAUGGUAAGUUCAGACUGUGGGGAAAAAAGGAAAGGUUCAGACUGGAUCAUGUGUUUCAUCCUUUCAAGCUUUUGCAAAGUUUGCUUUUGAGAGAGAUAUCGCACCAUGUACUUGGUAUUAAAUUGCAGUGUUGCUUUAGUUUCAAUCGUGAGUCAUUCAUUCAGUGUUUUUGUCGAGAAACAAAUGCAGUCAGAUGAAUUGAUCAUAGCGUGAUUUUAUUUAAAUUAUGACUGAUGAUUUUUUUUCUUUUGUGUUCUAUAUUUUUUGUACCUGAUAUACAAUUUUUCCAAUUUUAGAUAUUUUUAUGUUUGCAGGUGUAUUUGUUUUGAAUAAUAAUCAUUUCACGGACCUGUACAUGUCAAGGAGAUUUUGUGCUGUUUAUUGUAACAGCAUGUAGGGAAAAAAAGUGAAUGUGUAUGCAAUAUAUAUAUAUAUAUAUAUAUAUAUAUAUAUAUAUAUAUAUAUAUGUAUAUCUGUGAUUCAGAGUUCUGUCACAUGUAUAACUUGUUUUUGUGUUAGCUCUUUAAGAGUGAUUGUUUGAAAAGCUAUAAUUCACACAUUGUCUUAGUUGCAGCCAAAUGUUUAGCACGAAAACUAAUUAAACAUGCUGUCCCAUGUUGUUCCCAUGGAUUCAAUAAAGCAGCUGUAAAU